CAGAAAGGUCACCAGAGGCUUCUGGUGUUAACAAAACUACUGAAAGAGGAUACAUCUAUUCAGAAUGGUCAGAAUGAGGUGCUUUUGUAUGGUCAUCUGGGUUCUUCUCUCUGAAGUGACUGUUGAGGCGUCAGAUAUCAGAGUGUCAGGACAGGUUGGAGGAUCAGUGGAGAUCCAGUGUUCUCAACUGUUUGCUGACACCAACACAAAGUAUUUCUGCAGAGAUCCAUGUAAAGAAGAUCAGCACAAUUUGAUUAAAUCUGGUCAGUCACCUACUGGAAGAUACAGACUGGAGGAUUCAGGGAAUGGAGUCUUCACUGUGGUCAUCACUGACCUCCAAAAAUCAGACAAUGGAACUUACUGGUGUGGAGUGGAGAGAUAUCUGAAGGACACAUAUCACAAGGUGCUACUCACAGUUACAGAUGCUCCCUCCCCCGACACAUACCCACCCAAAGCUAGUAUAACAGCAGCUGCUGUAAGAACAGCGAGAUCUAAUGAGAUCUUCACCUCCUCUUCAUCCACUGUCCCUCCCUCCACCACCUCACCAUCCAGCACCCAGGACAAACAACAGAGUCCAACGUAA